CCCAAAAAAAACCUCCUUUUAACUUUCAAAAAACAGAACCAAAAAACAAAGAAAGGGUUUUUUUUUCUGUUGAACCAGUAAAAAUGGUGUCGAUGAGCACUUGGAUUUUGUCGCUGAAGGUACUGUUUAUUUCUAUUGGUAUGUUAGCUAUAGCUUUUGGGCUCAAAGUCUCUGUUCCAUUGGUUUUGGAAUUCUCUGUUUCUCAAGCUCCGUUGUUAUGGAGCACGUUCCGUUCUUGGCUCAAGCCUCCGUAUCUUUACGUCAUCAUCAAUGGAAUCAUUAUCACGAUUGCAGCAUCGUCGCGGUUUAAUCAUAAAACCGGCGAGAAAGAUCAGAAGGAGCAGAUGCAGCAGAGGUCGAAGAUCUCGGUGGAUCAAGGGCCAGCUUUCGAGGACGAGAUGAAGAGUGGCUUGGACUUCGGUGUAGUAGAAUCCAGUGCUCUGGUGUACGAGCAAGAGCAGAGAGGAGAAGAGGUGGAAACGAGGGGUUUUGAGGAGGAGAGCAAUGCGGCGGUUGAAGAUGUUGGAGAUGGAGGCGACGAGUUUGCUAUCUCCAAGUCGGAGUGGAUUCCUCCAAGGAGAAUGGAUUCUUCGGAGAUUCCAUCGGAUAUUCUUUUGCCGACGGAGAAACCUCCUGCUGCUUCUAGGUUCGGUCACCGGAAACCUGUUAGAGCCAAUCCUGAAGGUGGCCGAGCGUUGAGAGUGGCGAAGCCUAAACGUCAUGAGACGCUGGAGAACACGUGGAAGAUGAUAACGGAAGGGAGAGCAAUGCCGUUGACGAGGCACUUGAAGAAGUCGGACACGUGGGAGAACCACGGCCGUGAUGUCAACGUGGAAGCAUUAGCCGACUCUCCUCUGAUGAAGAAAUCGGAAACGUUCAGAGACCGGACCAAUUACCAGCCGCCACCGGUACAAGUCACCUCUUCUCCGGCUUCAGGAAAGCUGAGGAAAGAGCCGUCUCUGAGUCAGGACGAGUUGAACCGUCGAGUGGAAGCGUUUAUAAAGAAGUUCAAUGACGAGAUGAGGUUGCAGAGGCAAGAGUCACUCAAUCAGUACAUGGAGAUGAUCAACCGUGGAAGUUAGCCACUAAUCAUGGGUCCAUUAUAUAGGUAAAGCUUGUGUUUUCGAGGAAUAGAAAGUAUCUACUUUCAGAACCCAAAAAAACAAAAAAAAACAAAAAAACAAAGAACAGGAAAAAGAAAUAUAUGUUGAUUAAUUGUCAGAAAUAUGUCUUCUCCAACAAAUUAAAAGGGUUGGAGUAGGAAAAAAAAUAGGGUGUUGCUUCCUUGUUCCUUUUUUUUCUGCUGUAAAUUUUAUGGUACAGCUGGUUUGAAUGUUAGUAGAGGAUCAUAGGAUCUAUUGUCUUGUAUAAAUGAAGACAAUCAGCAGUGUUUUUCCUACUAAAUUCAUCAUUUUCUUUGCUUGAUUUA